UUUCAGCUUCUUUUACGCAAGAAUACGCAAUUUCUUUUUCACAAACUUAUUUGGUAACACCACAUUCAUUUCACAUAUACCCCUCUUUUCACACACAUUCACUUACUCGAAAUAUUCGUCAUAUAACAUAUAUCACUAAAAAAUGGGCGGAGGACCAGCAGAAACUACAAGCUCGCCGUCAGAGUUCUCAGACUAUUGCAUUGUCAGCGAGGUGUCGCGCGUAAAGCUCCUGUACUCCAAGAGCAAGGUGUACGUCUACCGCUCUAUGCACAAGAAAGACCGCAUACCCGGCUUUAUCUGCGUUGUGCAGGGCCCGGACGACCAAUACUAUAUUGCGUGGACGCCCGAGGCGCUGAUGUCGGAGCACGACAGGGAGUCGUAUGUGCAAGUUGAGCUUUGCCCCAGCUUUUUCGAUGAGUCUACUGGCAGGAGUGACACUACGGGUGAUGGGGCACAGGUCUCGCUCAGUAUGCUCUCUGAGGACGGCGGCAUCCUGGUGUCGACCGAGCCCUUGCACCAGGCCGGAACCAUAUCCUCGGUUUCCAGCUACGCAUUUUGCAAGCCCGUCGGAGAAAUACUAUCGCUGCUCAUCCACCCACCCUCGCUGACACAAUGGUAUGGCUCGGUCAUCAUUAAUUUGGCAGACGGCAGCUCUCUCGCCCCCAUGUGGUUCCAUGACGAAGAAAGUGCCAGCACGAUGCUUGGCAUGACCAGGCACUGGGGUGGUGACGAGCUUUUGGUGUGGCUGGCGCACGCAGUCUCGAUUGAGCGCUCCAUCGAUGACCCCAACCGCUAUGAGGUCCAGGGCUCAAAGUCUCCGCACAUUAUUUUGAGCCGGUCGGCCACGCCCAGCGCGUCAACCAUGCUCCCAGCACACAGUACACUCUCGUCGCCCGCGCCGUUGGCAUCCCCUCCACAAGCUCAGGCGCCAAAGGCGGCUUCUGUGGACAUUAUCGACUCGGCGAUUCAGGGAAAUAUGGACCCGUUGAUGCAGCAAGUAAAGGAGCUGCGGUGGGGCAUACUUGAGCGCUUCUCUCGGAUCACCCGCACAGUUAAGGAUGCCGCGACCUCAUUUAUAGAGACGCCUGUGGGCCGCCAAGUGGCGCCCUACAUCCCGCCAGCGCUGAGCAGCCUGAGCCGGGCACAGUCAGCUUCGGGAAACCUCGUGAAGGAGUACGAGAGUGCUCGCAUCUAUCUCGCCAAAUGGGCUGCUCGGCACAUUAUUGACCAGCAGCACGAGGAUGGCGAGCGUGAGUCGCGCCUGGCUGCCGGAGACAAGCACGGCAGCCAGGGUAACAGUCACCUGAGCAUCUGGGAGGAGUGGAUUUCAGAGAACGGUGACUUGGGCGCGUUUGAGGUCGUCAACACUGACAGGUCGGCCAGACUCCCGCAGCCAAUUCGCACGCGCCCGGCUCUGUCUGCCGAGCAGUGGUUCAGCUUCUUCGAGCCAAAGACUGCAGACGGCGACAAUUCCGAGUUCAGAUUGGUCGCCGACUCGGACACCGUUCGUCGGGCCAUAUUUGCCGGCGGCAUCGAAGAGGACAUGCGCCCCGUGGUCUGGAAGUAUCUCUUAUCGAUUUACCCAUGGGACAGCAGCGAGACCGAGCGCAAAAGCAUUGACAAGAAUAACUCUGAGGAGUACUGGAACUUGAAGGACGCGUGGCUGAGCGACCCCGAGCUCAAAGAAACCAGGGACCACAUUGAGCAGAGCGAUCGAAUUGAAAAGGACGUGCUGCGCACGGACAGGACCCUGCCAUUAUUUGCCACAGACUCUGUAUAUGGCGGCAGUGACGAAGCCAACCUGUCGGAGCACGGCUUGCCGGGAUCAAGCGCCAGCCUCGAGCAAAUGAAGGACAUUCUGAUGACGUUCCACUACCACGACAAGGGAUUGCUGGGCUACGUGCAAGGAAUGUCCGACCUGCUUGCUCCUAUUUACUCCGUCUACCAGGACGAGCCCACAACAUUUUGGGCGUUUGCCUCAUUUAUGAAGCGCAUGCGCUCGCACUUUGCUCGUGACCAGAGUGGCAUGCAGGACGAGCUGGCCACGAUAGCGCAGCUGAUCGAGAUUGCAAACCCCAAGCUCUUCAGCCACUUGGAAAAGUGCGACGCAUCCAACAUGUUUAGUUGCUACCGCUGGUUGCUGAUCUGGUUCAAGCGUGAGUUCAGUUUUGAAAACAUCCUGCGGCUGUGGGAGGUCUUGUGGACGGACUAUCUGACUGACCGCUUUGUACUUUUUGUUGCGCUGGCUAUUUUGCAGCGUCAUGCGGACGUCAUCAUGGAUCACUUGCAGUCGCCCGAGGAAGUGCUCAAGUAUGUCCAGGAUUUGAGCGACACUAUUGACUUGAACGAUGCGCUGAAGGGCGCUGAGAUGAGCUUCUACAAGGUUCGUUACCGUGUUCAUGUCGUUGAAGAAAUUCGUAAACAGCGUGGAUUAUCUCUUUUUGUUAGCAGCAGCAGCAACAACAGCAGCGGUGGAGGACAGGCCACUGAGGCGGCUUCCAGCAAGAGCAAGAGCAAGAGAAAUAGCCCCAUUGUCGAGAAGACCAGGCCUAGCGCCCAGAGCGAUUCCGAGGUUCCACUUAUAACGUUCGAGUGGGACGAGUCGGAGAACAACAGCACCCAGGGCACGCCCGCCGUUGCAGUGGCCGUAGUGAACUCUGCCAUAAAUGAGACACUCUCCACUGGCGAGGCUUCAGGAAAUGAGCAGACGGUUACGAAAACGUCAUUGAAACAGUCGGUGCCGGCUUUGGGUCCCUCGGGAGUGACAUCUAAUCUCCCCGAGAUAUCUGAAGCUGUCCACAACAUAUUUGCAUACGGCUAUAAGCUCUAACUCGCGCACAUGGGUUUUGUGCGCAUUCAAGCAUUUAUUAAAUUAUUAUUUCAAAACAAUUUGUUACCCAACAUAUUAAACAUUUACAAUGAUGUCAGCCGGACAGAUAAAACAUGUACUUUUAUUAUGAAUAUGACUACAACUGCAAAUAUUAGAUGUUCGAAUAAUAACCGGGUUUAAAUUGGUUUUUUGCCUACAUAUAUCGCAACACGUUUAGACGUGAUAUAAUAAAAUGUCUAAAUAUAAUGAUCAAUUAAACAAAUUAUACUAAAAAGUUUAACAUACGUGUCGUCGUUAAUGGGCAAAAUCGCCUUUUAAAUAAAU